UCACCAAACCGGAAGCGAGGCUGAGUGUUCCGUGUUGAGAGAGAACGUUUGAAAACGAUGGGCGUCAAAGUUCGCGUAGAAUACUGCGGCGGAUGAGGCUACGGGCCCCGCUAUCAGGAGCUCGCGCGCGUCGUGACCGCGGAGUUUUCUGAUGCGGAGGUUUCCGGCUUCGUCGGGAGGCAGGGGAGUUUUGAGAUUGAGAUAAAUGGACAAUUGAUCUUCUCGAAGCUGGAGACCAGUGGCUUCCCGUACGAGGAUGAUAUCAUGGACGCGAUCCAGAAGGCUCAUGAUGGCGAGCCGGUGGAAAAAAUCACCAAGAGUCGCCCGCCUUGUGUGAUCCUGUAGUCACGGUGCCAGUAGUUUUCCCACAUUCCCUAAAAGGAGGUAGAUCUUUGUCUGGAUUUCUCUCUUCUCCUGCUUCUCUGUACUUUCUCCUGCUCUGCUCUUCGCGGGUGUGAGGUCUUUAAUGAUUACUGUAGCCAAAAAGGACGGUUACAGUAUGAGCAACGUAGCCCCUGCACCCUCAGACGUCUCUUCGAAAUUGAGGAGCAGAGUGGGAGCAGCUCUUAGAUGCCGCACGUGCACAGUUCCCACGCUCGUUGAAAGCUAUACAACCAACGUGAUCAUUCGCAGACAAAACCAUGUGCGGUUAGCAAAGUGCUUUCUGUUGGACAGACGUUCAUCAUGGCACACAAAUCAGGUACAGAAAUUGAACGGUCUGGUAAUCUCUCAAAGCAGACCGCAUUUAUUUUGACAUCGUGAUUUAAAUUUUCAAACGUCUAUGAAAAUAUCCGUCAGCAAACGUAAUAGUGAAACAACACUGUGGCAGAGAAAUAAAUCAACUGAGAGGUCAGUGCUCCCCUCAAUUUACUGUUUAAUAAGAAUAAUAAUAUUGUUUCGCUUUCUAUUUGUCACUGACACCACUGCAUGGUGCAAAAACAGCGAGCAGGGAAUUUCCCAUGAUGCAGCUACUCCCAAACAAAAGUCUGUAUUUGUGCCAGGUGUGAGAUGGACACCAGUCAGUGAGUUGUCUCCUCAGGUAACAAAUCCGACUGACUUUUUUUUUUUUUUUUUUUUUUUUUUUCUUUUUCUUUUUUUUCUUUUUUCUUUGUUGGGUUCUGACAGAUUUACACACAUCACAUGCGGCUCACAUCACUGCUCUAGUUGUCACUGCGCAGGUGGAGAAAUGAGGCCAAUUCCCUGCUACCUAAGAAAUAAUGUUGUUAAUGGUGUUUUAAAAUGUCUUAAUUGCUGUGUUGUACAAAAAUGUAAUUAAUUCACACAUUUAGUUUCCGCUGACUAAGUGGUCCAGUAAGUUUUUCACUGGCAUGUACCAGGAAGUAAAUGUAAUCUCAAUAUAAAUCUGAUUCUUGAAGAGCACCUGAUGAUACUGCUACCUACAUUUCCUGUUUUUAAAAUUUGUCUGUAUAAGACUCAAGGUAUACAAAUUUGUAAUAAACUUACAGGUUGGACUUAAUUUUUCUUCUUUUUUUUUAAAUUCAUUUAUGCAUUACCAGAUAAAAAUGUUUUCUCUCCAUUAGGUUUCUUGCCAGUAUAGCAACUUAAAGGAACAUUACAGACUAUUUGUAAAUUGAGAAGAUGGGUAAAUGAGUUUACAUGAAAAAGACUACCUUUUCUAUGUGCUGUGCUAAUAAAAGGGAAUGUAAAUAA